CUCAAUCCUCUUUCUUUUGCCUUGGAAUCCUGAUCAUGUCGUCUUCUCUUACUUCCAAAUCCAUUCUCGGAUCCACCAAACCCAGUUCCUCUUCUCUUCCCUCGGAGCUCCGUCGUCUCUCCUCUCCCGCCGUUCAGAUCUCUAUCCGUACCCAAACCAGGAAGAACUUUCAGAUACAAGCUACUGGAAGUUCUGAGAAGAAGAGUGGUAUGAUGCUAAAUGGUUCUGAGAUUCGUCCUGUGAAGGUUAUGGCUUCUGUUUCCACGGCGGAGAAAGCGUCGGAGAUUGUGCUUCAACCCAUUAGAGAAAUCUCGGGUCUGAUUAAGCUUCCUGGCUCCAAGUCUCUCUCUAAUCGGAUUCUGCUUCUCGCUGCUCUAUCUGAGGGAACUACUCUAGUGGACAACUUGUUGAACAGUGAUGACAUCAAUUACAUGCUUGAUGCGUUGAAGAAAUUGGGGCUUAAUGUGGAAACUGACAGUGAAAACAAUCGUGCAGUAGUUGAAGGAUGUGGCGGGAUAUUCCCAGCUUCUAUAGAUUCCAAGUGUGAUAUCGAACUUUACCUCGGAAAUGCAGGAACCGCGAUGCGUCCACUUACAGCUGCAGUUACUGCUGCAGGUGGCAACGCCAGUUAUGUGCUUGAUGGGGUGCCUCGGAUGAGAGAAAGACCUAUAGGGGAUUUGGUUGUUGGUCUUAAGCAGCUUGGUGCUGAUGUUGAAUGUACUCUUGGAACUAACUGCCCUCCUGUUCGUGUCAACGCUAAUGGUGGCCUUCCCGGUGGAAAGGUGAAGCUUUCUGGAUCAAUUAGUAGUCAGUACUUGACUGCUCUGCUCAUGGCUGCUCCCUUAGCUCUUGGAGACGUCGAGAUUGAGAUAGUCGAUAAAUUGAUUUCUGUUCCGUAUGUUGAAAUGACAUUGAAGUUGAUGGAACGUUUCGGGGUUAGUGCCGAGCAUAGUGAUAGCUGGGAUCGUUUCUUUGUCAAGGGCGGGCAAAAAUACAAGUCUCCGGGUAAUGCGUAUGUAGAAGGUGAUGCUUCUAGUGCUAGUUAUUUCUUGGCUGGUGCUGCCAUUACCGGUGAGACUGUCACUGUUGAAGGUUGUGGAACGACCAGCUUGCAGGGAGAUGUGAAAUUUGCUGAGGUUCUUGAGAAAAUGGGAUGUAAAGUGUCCUGGACAGAGAACAGUGUGACUGUGACAGGACCAUCUAGAGAUGCUUUUGGAAUGAGACACUUGCGGGCUAUUGAUGUCAACAUGAACAAAAUGCCUGAUGUAGCAAUGACUCUUGCCGUCGUUGCUCUCUUUGCUGACGGUCCAACCACCAUUAGAGAUGUGGCUAGCUGGAGAGUAAAGGAGACAGAAAGGAUGAUUGCCAUUUGCACAGAGCUUAGAAAACUGGGAGCUACAGUGGAAGAAGGUUCAGAUUAUUGUGUGAUAACUCCGCCCAAAAAGGUGAAACCGGCAGAGAUUGAUACAUAUGAUGAUCAUAGAAUGGCAAUGGCAUUCUCUCUUGCAGCUUGUGCUGAUGUUCCAAUCACCAUCAAUGAUCCCGGUUGCACCAGGAAAACCUUCCCCGACUACUUCCAAGUCCUUGAAAGAAUCACAAAGCACUAAACAAAAAACUCUAAAAUCUCCACUGUUUUUUCUUCUGAUCCUAACUUAUCUGUUUCCAUUUUUCUUGUCUCUGUAACAUUAUUAGCAACCAAGAGUGUUUAUUUGCGUGUACCUGAACUGAGUGAGAUUUGAGAUGCAAUCAUUGAAUCGGCUUUGGUCUAUCAUU